AUGUCAGGAAAAGUACUUUUCACAGGCGCCACAGGCUUCAUUGGUGGUUCUGUUUUGACGCAGCUUCUUAAUUCCGCGCACAAGGAGAUAAACGAGCUUACCAUCACCGCAUUGGUUCGGAAACAAGAACAAGCGGAUAUUCUCAAAAAGAAAGGGAUCAACGCUAUCGUCUUUGGAGGAUUGGAUGACUCUGAGUUUCUGAGGCAGACUGCAAGUGAGCAUGACUGUGUGAUCCACACCCCGACCGGCUUCCAUACAGGAUCGGCUGUCGCUCUCAUAGAGGGACUUGCAGUCCGAAAGAAGCAAACCGGGAAAGAAGUCCAUUUCAUUCACACAUCGGGAACUUCUAACCUCGCUGAGCGAACCAUCACUCAGCAGUCAGGCGAGUUUCAUGAAUGGGCGGAUAACGAGAGAGUGUAUGAACAUGAGGAGAAGAAGGAGGCAGAGGAAGCUUACGGUCAGCGAACGACAGACGUGGCUGUCGUUAGGACUGCAGAGCGCACCGGCGUCAAAGCAUACAUCAUGAUGCCCCCGACAGUCUAUGGUCGGGGAACCGGUCUGUUCAACCAGCGCUCUAUGCAAAUUCCGAGCAUUAUCCGCGGUGCGAUCAAGGCCGGCGUCCCUGAAUACGUGGGCGAAGGUACAGCCCGCCUUGGACAUGUCCAUGUAACGGAUCUUGCACUCUUGUUCGAGCUCGUUCUGAGCAAGGUCCUAUUGGGAGAAGAGAUCCCAUCAGGCAGGAGGGGAAUUUACUUCUCCAACACUGGGAGUCACAGCUGGAAAGAUCUUGCGGCCUUGGUAGGUAAGGCAGGUGUUUCGCUUGGUGUGCUGAAGUCAGCCGAGCCUCGGUCGGUGAGCCUGGAAGAAGCUGGCUCAAGAUGGUUGAAUGCGACACCCCAGAUUGCUGAAAUGAAUUAUGCUGCGCACUCCGCGACCAAACCUGUUCUAGCACCUGAGCUGGGUUGGAAGCCCAAGAAAACAGAGGUCGACUGGGAAGAGUCAUUUGUAGAGGCUUUUCAAAUGGCUUUGGAAGAGGAGGCUAAGUGA